AAUUUUUUUCAUUCACAAUUUCAAGAUCACAAUUUUUUCCUAUCAGAAAAAACUUAGGGUUCGCGAUUUCCCAAUUUUCACCUCAAAACCCUAAGAAUCGCCAUGUCUUCCCCAAGAAAGAUCACUCUCAAGAGCUCCGACGGCGAAGCUUUCGAGGUUGACGAGGCGGUGGCUUUGGAGUCGCAAACCAUCAAGCACAUGAUCGAAGAUGAUUGCGCCGAUAGCGGAAUUCCUCUUCCGAACGUUACGAGCAAGAUCCUUGCUAAAGUGAUUGAAUACUGUAAGAAACACGUUGAUGCGGUGAGUUCUGAUGAAAAACCCUCUGAAGAUGAACUCAAGGCUUGGGAUGCAGAGUUCGUCAAGGUUGACCAGGCAACGCUGUUCGAUCUCAUUCUGGCUGCAAACUAUUUGAACAUCAAGAGCCUUCUUGAUCUCACAUGCCAGACUGUAGCGGACAUGAUCAAGGGAAAGACACCAGAGGAAAUCCGCAAAACUUUUAACAUUAAGAAUGACUUUAGUCCUGAGGAAGAAGAGGAAGUCCGCAGGGAAAACCAAUGGGCAUUUGAAUGAUGCUUCUUAGAAUCUCAAAGAUUUGCAAUGUGGAUUUAUUAUGCUUAUUUGUUUACUCAUGGAAGAUCCGCAAUGUAAAUUUAUCUGUUAUAUGCUAAGUACUUGUUUAUCUUUUGGAUUAUUUGUGCUGAGUGUUAACUAUAUUCACUGGACAGCGUUAUUUUCCUUUAUGAACUAAGUGAAGUCUGAAAUGUAAGUAAUAGUAUGAUGAUUGAUGGGCAAAACUGUAUGUUUGGUAUGCGAGGUUUAUUGAAUUCAAUAACAGCUUAGUUUUUCCUGAA